AUGCCCGCUUUCCGCCCUACGACCGCAGCUCUGCGAAGCUUGCGCCGUUGCUACUCGUCGGCCUCGCCAGCAACACCUCCCACAUCACCCUUUGCGCCGCGACAUCUUCUCUCCAUAGCUGACCUCACACCCGCUGAGCUCACUACGCUUGUGCAGAAUGCACACCGCCACAAGACCACCAUCAAGCAGACAGGAGAGGUCCCCCACUCCAUGCGCGGGGCACUGGCUGGCCGCACCGUUGCCAUGACUUUCAGCAAGCGGAGCACGCGCACCAGGAUAUCCACAGAAGGCGCCAUUGCAGCAUUUGGCGGCUCGCCCAUGUUCCUUGGAAAAGACGACAUACAGUUGGGUGUUAACGAGUCUCUCUAUGACACCUCUCUCGUCCUCUCCAGCAUGACUGCCGCCAUCGUCGCCCGCGUGGGCCCCCACUCCGACGUUGCAGACCUCGCAAAGCACUCGAGUGUGCCAGUCAUCAAUGCCCUCUCGGAUCUCUACCACCCCCUCCAGAUCAUCGCCGACAUGCUUACCGUUUCCGAAAUCUACCCCUCCACAUCUGCUACUUCGCUCGGUCUCGAGGGUCUCAAGAUCGCAUGGAUAGGCGACGCAAAUAACGUCUUGUUUGACCUGGCCAUUGGCGCUACAAAGCUGGGCAUCGACAUGGCUGUCGCAACACCACCGGGCUAUGAGAUCCCCCAGUCUAUGCGCGAAGUCAUCUCCCACGCCGCGCAAACCUCCCCUCGUGCAGGAAAGCUCCUGGAAACAAACACACCCGAGGAAGCCAUAAAGAACGCAGAUAUCCUCGUCACAGAUACUUGGGUGUCCAUGGGCCAGGAAGAAGAAACCGCAAAACGUCUCAAGGCAUUCGAGGGCUUCCAAAUCACAUCGGAUCUGGCCAAACGUGGUGGUGCAAAGGACAACUGGAGCUUCAUGCACUGCCUGCCUCGUCACCCAGAGGAGGUUGCUGAUGAGGUCUUUUACGGACCGAGGAGUGUCGUUUUCAAGGAAGCAGAAAACAGGCUGUGGAGUGCCAUCAGUGCGCUCGAGGCGUUCGUAGUCAACAAGGGCGAGAUCCAGUGA